CACGUGGUCUGUUUGAAUGGACCCUUGAUAAUAUUGCAAAAUAUAAAAUAGGUUGGAGGUCAAGAAAAACAGAAUAUUUACUGAAUGAAGCCUUGAAUACUGUUGAUGCUAAGAGCAGCUAGGUUUAGAAACUUUCCUGCCAGUCUGAGAUCUUGUUCUAACGUGUCAUUUGCUCGAGCAGUGAUGGAGAAUCGAACCUAUGAGGAUGCAGUCAAAGCACUCAACACUCUGCAGACAAAUGCUCAAGUUCUACAGCAAAUACGAAAGACUCGAGGGCGUUUGAUGCAGGACAACUUAGAAGAGAUGAGGACUUUCACUAAAAGAGCUGGCGUUACGAUGGAAAGGCUUGACCAGUUGUCUGUCAUUCAUGUCAGUGGCACAAAGGGCAAGGGUUCAACAUGUGCUUUUUCAGAAAGUAUUUUACAAAGCAGUGGUUACAAAACUGGAUUUUACAGUUCACCUCAUCUUAUUGAAGUCCGUGAAAGGAUAAGGAUAAACGGCAAAGCUUUAAGUAAGGACCUGUUUACUAAGUAUUUCUUUGACUGCUGGGACAACCUACAAGAAACUAAGGAAAGUCAUGAUGGCAAAAUGCCUGCUUACUUCAGGUUCCUGACUUUAAUGUCGUUUUAUGUCUUCCUUGAGGAAAAGGUAGAUGUUGCUAUAGUUGAAGUAGGCAUUGGUGGAGCUUAUGAUUCAACUAACAUCUUAAGGAAGCCUGUGGUUUGUGGAGUGACGUCCCUAGGUAUGGAUCAUGUAGAAACCCUUGGAGGAUCUCUGGAGAGUAUUGCUUGGCAAAAAGCUGGGAUAUUCAAGCCUGGAGUUCCAGCAUUUACUGUAGAACAAGAAGAAAGUGCUCUUCAGACAGUAUAUAAAAGAGCAAAAGAAGUAAAGAUUCCACUGUACCUUGUACCCAAACUCAAAGACUACCCAGGGGACCUACCAGAACUUUCCUUGGCUGGUGAACAUCAGCACACCAAUGCUUCCAUGGCCUUGCAGCUCUGUAAGACAUGGUUACACAAGAGAAUGGAAGAGAAUCAAUCUAAAGAUUCUUUAAAAUCGGCAACAGACCUGGACAUUGAUGACUAUGAACCAGACAGGAAGAAACUAAAAAGUGGGAUACCUGUGGCAUCCACCUUUGAAAUCACAGGCAACCUUAGAAAAGGUCUGGUAAGUGCACGAUGGAAUGGUCGUUGCCAGAAGAUAGUUCGACCAAAUAUAACAUUCUACCUUGAUGGAGCACACACGCCUAAAAGUGUUGAGGCUUGUGCCAAGUGGUUCAAACAAACAGCUGAACAAGAAGCAAAAGAUACAGAUGGUAAAGUGGCUCGUGUUCUUUUGUUCAAUCUCACUGGAGACAGAGAUCCUCAUGGACUGCUUAGACCACUUGUGAAUCUGAAGUUUGAUCACGUUGUAUUUUCUCCCAACACGGUCAACAUAGAAAUGAUUGAUAAUUCAGAUUUAGCCAACUUCACCGUCACGCGUGACAGUCAGUUGCGCUGGUGUGUCGAAAAUCAGCGGGUAUGGAUGGCGUUACGAGGGGCAGGUUACCAAGCGCAUCCAAUAGCAUCGCUAGAUGACGAUCACUUGAUUCAAAACGGACAAGACGACGGACCAUACUCGACCAUAUUCCCUUGUGUAGCGCAGGCCAUUCGGUGGAUAACCGCUGGUCGGGAUCCGUUGAUAACACCAAUUCAAAAUAAUGAUCUUGAACAUCCAGAAUCAAUCGCCAAAGCUUCGCGGAUUCAACUCUUAAUCACUGGAAGCUUACACUUAGUAGGGACAGCAAUGAAAGUGCUCGGCACAGAAAUCACGGGAGAAAUGUGAUCACUUCCCCACCCAUACCCCCAAUGUAUUUUUUGAAGAAUAUAUAUAUCUCUAUUUAUACUCGUAUGCUGCUUCGUAACAUAUACCAAUGGGAUAGACAGAAAGACAAACAGACAGACAUUAUACUUGGUAUCAGAAGCCAAUAGGACAGACAGACAGAGACAGACAGACAGAUUUGGAGACGACUCUCUUGCUCUUGCCAGAGUAGAGGAAUCCUUGCCUUUGCCUUCUUCUCUGUCCCCUCCAUCUCAUUCAAUCGCAACUCACUUGCCCAAAGAACAAUCUCACAUUGUUUACGACUCUUAUUAACUACAUGAUCUAUAAACUUUGCUGGGAAUAUUUCACUCAUAACAAAUAUAAUAUUCCAUGGAUACUCUUGGUAAUUGUUUUUGGAGCUCGACGUUACACUUUAUAUACACUGAAAAUGGACGAGAAAAUAUAUCAUUUAUAACUGAUAAAAUAACAAGUAGUAACAAUAGUAGUAGCAGCAGCUGCGGUAGUUUAAGAACGAGGAGACCUGUGCCCUGUCUUUAAUCAAGCCUCCCUUUAUAAAUGUUAAUAGUAAGACGACUAACGACUUUUGCAAAGCUCAGAGAAAGACUAGUUGCGCAAAGGAUUGUGGGUCUCAGUGAGGCUAGGUGGCUGAGCUUUUUGAUCUCGCAAAAUGUAUUUUAGAGAUGAAAUAAAAUAGGUUCUGAACGACA